AUGAAAGGCCUGCCAGCCGACGAGGCGGCCCAGCCGUGUCUCCACCGAUCGCCAACGCAAAAUAAUAGUUCCCUGGUCUCCGCCUUCUCCUCCACAUCAACCCGCCGGCCUGACUGUGCGCGUCGUUGCAUCGUUUUUCUGCUGCUCAACGCCGUCUUCGUGUUCGCCGUGUUUUUGGCGUUCUUCCUGGGCAAAUGGCUCUCCGAUCACCGGAUACGCAACGUCACCGAGAUCGAGGAGUUGGCCCAAAAUUUCACGUUGGCCGAUGUGAUACCGCCUGCGCUGCAGCACCUCGAUGCCGUCGAGGCUGUCCACGGCUGGGGAAGCCGACUGGAAGCCGACGAACCAGAUACGCCACUCGUUUCUUUGCCACGACAUAUCGUUCCGCUGCACUACGACAUUACGCUCGAUCUGAUGGCGUUCCCGGGCACCCGGUUCCCAUCGAUGUCUCGCACUUUGCCAAUGCUGAUGCUCUUCGGAAAUGCCUCAAUUCUGAUUUCUGUUUCGGCCAACUCGACGUCGACCCAAUUAACGUUACAUACCGGGAGAAAAAUGCACUUUCAUCGUGUACGCCUGAUCGCUAGUAACGGGCGUCAAGUGACAAUCAGCUCUGUCGAAAAAGAGAACCACCACAAGGUCACAAAGUUGAAGCUCGCUAAACCGCUGCCUAUCGCCAGCUACAUGCUACACAUGGAAUACAGCGCGCCACUGUGCUCGGAUGACGGGAUCGUUUGCUCGGUUGUCAACUAUCAAAACGGUACCUCCCUGCUGGAAUCGUUGACGACGAAAUUUGAGCCGACUUUAGCGAGGAAUGUUUUUCCGUGCUGGGACGAGCCGCACAUCAAAGCCACGUUUAAUCUAUCUGUUAUCCACCCCGAAUUCCUCGUGGCCCUGUCGAACAUGCCGGCGCGGGAGAAGAUGCCCGCGAGCAUUGGGCUGAACGGGAAGCCGGUUUUUCGGGCAAAAAUAUCGCGUUUCGAAAAGACGCCCCUAAUCAGCGCGUUUCUUCUCGGAUUUGCCGUCGGUGAUUGGAUCGGGCUGGAUGGAAGGAGCAGUUCAGGGAUCCCCGUGAAGGUUUGGGUGAGCAGAAAUGAUGCGGCGGACGGCACGACGGCUUCCCAGCUUGCGCCCGGGCUGCUCGACAAGAUCGAAAACGACUUACAGAUCCCGUACCCACUUCCGAAGCUUGACAUCGUCUCCGCACGGGCUUUCCCGGUGGGAGGAAUCGAGAAUUGGGGCUUGAUUAUCGUGGAUUCUGCUGCACUGUUGACUCCCAGUGAUAUACACGCAAGCGCUAACAUGACGGUCGAUCGCCUCUUCCACGAAUACCGCAUCGAAAAGAUUGUCGCGCAUGAGAUCGCGCACCAAUGGUUCGGCGACCUGGUGUCGGUGAGAAGCUGGGAUGAGUUGUGGCUGGCCGAAGGGUUGACGUGUCACGUCGUGGAAGAGCUGCUUGCCGAGACUCGGCCCCAGCUCUCGCAAUUUGACGCACAUUCCAGGCUGGCGGAGAUGUCGCGACUGCAGAGCCUCUCAAAUGCACCGGCAUUGGUGCGCGUCUUGGGGACGGAAAAGCAAGUCGAGCGAGCCUUCCAUUCGUCUCAUCUCUACACCAAAGGAGCCGUGGUGCUGCGGAUGAUCACGAAUCUCGUGUCGGAUUUUGAUUUCAGGACGGGGUUGAAAAGAUACGUCGACAAAUUCGGAUUCUCAUCGGCAGACCGUGUCGGCCUUUUCUCGGUCUUACCCUGGGGCGCCACACACGGCGCUGAGCCACAGGCACUGGCUGAUGUGCUCGAGCCAUGGCUUGUCAACCCGGGAAUACCGGAAGUUGUCGUCAGUCGAUCCUACGACUCGGGCCUAAUCCGAGUAUGGCAACGCCGCGCUUCCGGCCAUCGCUACGCGGCUUUCCUCAAUGACGGAACUCCGACACAUGACGAAGCAUUUGCCGCUCAAAGUCGUGAAUCCAGAGAUACAAAAGAGAGCGGGGAAAUUGGCCGAACAACCAAGCGACCACGCAAUCGGGAUCGUAAUGGAAAGAAAGCCAAGCAACGGCAUAGGGAAAAGAAUGGAACCUCCCACAAGGGUGGCGAGCAGCGACGGCCGAGUAGAAAGGCAUCCUCUGACAUUUGGUCAAUCCCGUUCAGCUACAUGUUUGGGACGAUGAAAAGCACGGAAGGCCAAGUCGUACGCGAAUUCUGGCUAACCGAGCGCUCACUUUCUUUUGCCGAUGUCGAAUUGUCCCCCUCGCAGCCGCUGAUCGCCAACCCCGACUGGAAAUUCCUUUAUCGCGUCAAUUAUGAUCGCCAGAAUUGGAAGCUCAUCGCCAGAUUGCUCCACCGAUCGCCGGAGACACUGCCGGUGGCGACGCGAAUGCAGAUACUCACCGACUCGGAGAUGUACCUCGCCCAUUCCGAUGUUCCGCACCUGUACAUAUAUAUUCUCGGCGAGGAAAAGGACCUUGGCGUCGCUCUACUUGGGCUCGAUGCGGUUUACAGGCUGGCUGAUUCAUUUCGGGGCAGCUCAAUUUCACCAGCUCUACUCUCAUACUUUGCUCCCGUCGUCUCCCGGCUUGACCGCCUCCUUAGCGAAUCUCAACAUCAGCCCGAGCUGGCGGCGCUCUGGCUUGUCGAGCCCACCAGGCUCUCAAAACUCUACCAACUGCGCUGCGCCACAAAUACCAGUACGUGCGAGCAGGAGAAGCAGACAUCUCAAUGGGUGGCCAGUGGCGGGACUCCCGGAGAGGAUGUUCAUCGCCAAUCCACCGCCCUCUGUCAUUCACUGGCAGGCAAACCGACGAAGCAGGAGCUCUCCCUUGUGUGGGGUCAACUCGGCGGCGAGGGCUGGUCGGUUGGUGUGCAGCUAGGCGCGUGCGCCAACGAUGCGCAGCUCACCACCGAGGCGGCAUCGCGUGUUGUAUCUACCCGCAACGCCGCCGUCUUCGCCUCGGCGCUGCACUCCGAUUUUUCGUUGCACUACAAUCGGCUGUUCCGCAGCGCUUUCUGGACGACAAUGGCCGAACUUUCGGUCAUGGAGCGUUCAACCCUAUUCUCGGCGAACCUCAGCGAGCCAAGGCCCGCCUCGACGGUGCUUUUGCACUCGGUCAGAACGCACGAGGAGUUGCGACAGGUCCGUGCCCUCGUGCCAAAUUGGGGCGUGGUGAUGUCACGGCACAUCGAAUGGGUUGAGCGGUUGCUGCUGUGGCAGUCUUCAGUUUCGCGGUCGCUGGCCGACUUCUUCCGGUCGGAUCGGCCCACAUUU